UCAAUAAAAUGUAUUGAUAAUUAAUAUUCAAUAAUAUAAAGUGUAUAAUAAUCAUUUAAGCUUUGAGCAGUUAUUUUUUGACUUACUACAACCACGAAUUUAGUAAAAUAUUAAUUUGUGAAAAUAACUGUGUGGAUAAAAACGUGAAAGUGUAUAACUACCGGUAGUGGAAAAUAUUCGAUUUUUUUUCUGGGAAAUAUAACGUAAGAAAAAACCAGAAAGACUACGAUGAUUGUCAUCCUCAAACUCAUAGAAAAUGAUUGAUUCUUUCUGGGAAAUAUAACAAGAAAAAAAACGGAAAGAUUGCGAUUGUCGACCUCAAACUCGAGAUCUCUCAAUUUCCCGUGAGUUUUCUUCGGGAUCGCAACAAUUUAAGUGCAUUCGAGUUUGGUCAAUAAGAAAAAGGCUCGGUAUAAUUGCAAGAGAUACAAGCAAACGAGAGCUUUACGAAGAAAAGCGCAACGCUUUCAUGCGAAAUGCGUUAUUUGCAGAUUUGCGUCGACAUUCUGUCAAGAUAGACGAUAUCACACGUGAAGUUUCUAAAUCCACGUGACGCGUCGCGUUCGUACUUCCGGGACGAUAGUAUAGCGAAGGCAAAAUGAAGCUCGAAAUCUUCAACAUGUACAUCACGAUUCUGUUGGUAAUAUUGAUUACCUCAACGUACACGGUAAAUGCCUUUAUGAAAAAUGGCAACAAUAUGAAAGUAAUCGAGAAUGGGAAAAAUUAUUCUCAAGUCCUGGAGCUUUCGUUAUUGUUUUACGAAGCGCAACGUUCUGGGAAGUUGCCAAAAGACAAUAGAAUCCCAUGGCGAGGCGAUUCCGCAUUGAAUGACCGUGGUUCGAACGGCGAGGACCUAACUGGAGGAUAUUAUGAUGCUGGUGACUUUGUAAAGUUCGGCUUUACAAUGGUUUCCGCAAUGACACUUUUGGCUUGGGGUGUAGUCAGUUGGCCGGAGGCUUAUAACAUCUCCAAUCAACUGGACGAAAUCCAUAAAACUAUCAAAUGGGCUACAGAUUACGUCAUCAAAUGUCAUGUAAGCGAGAACGUACUAUAUGGACAAGUGGGCAAUUUUAAUGACGAUCAUCGGUUUUGGGGGAGACCCGAGGAGCUGCCGAAUAAUACCGUCAGACCAGCCUACAAAAUUGAUCCGGAGCAUCCUGGUUCUGAUCUCGCCGGCGAAACGGCGGCUGCUCUCGCAGCUUCGAGCAUCGUCUUCGCGAACGUUGAUCCUGAGUACAGCGCCGAGUGUCUCAAACAUGCGGAACAGCUUUAUAAAUUUGCCAAUACUUAUCGCGGUCUUUAUCACGAAGCUAUACCAAAUGCAAAACAAUUUUAUGAGAGCACGGGUUACGGCGACGAGCUAGCAUGGGCGGCUGUUUGGCUUUUCAAGGCGACCAAAAACUUUGUGUAUCUCAACGAUGCCGUCAAUCAUUAUCAGCAAUUCCAUCUCGAUAAACGGCCAAAUGAAUUCUUUUACAACAACAAGAUCGCCGGAGUUCAGGUAUUGCUGGCUCAAUUAACAAGACAAUCCAAGUACCAAAAAGCCGCUCGCGACUUUUGCGACUUCUCGAUGCAAGAACAGACACGCACGCCUAAGGGUCUUCUGUAUAUUAGCAAGUUGGGUACUCUUCGUCACGCCGCUAAUGUGGCCUUCGUCUGCUUGGAAGCGACGGAUUUUAUUGAAAUUGACGACUCGCAUAAAUAUUGCCAAUUUGCCAAAGAACAGAUUGAUUAUAUGCUGGGUAAAACAGGAAGAAAUUAUGUGGUCGGAUACGGUAGAAAUUCACCGAAACAGCCGCAUCAUGCUGCGUCUUCUUGCCCGGAUAGACCAGCGCCCUGCGGAUGGAGAGAAUUCGACAGUAACAAGUCGAAUCCGCAGAUUCUUUACGGUGCUCUAGUUUCCGGACCUAAUAAAAGAGACUUGUUUAGAGAUAUGCGAGAGGAGGAUAUUUACACGGAAGUCAUGGUAGACUAUAACGCUGGUUUUACCAGCGCGCUCGCCGGACUGCUACACUGCAUAAUGAAGAGCAUUAUUUAAUCAUCAAAGGAAUAUUAAUUUUUUAUAGCCGUAAUUGACAUAUGUAUAGAAACAUUUUCGUGUUUAAAAAUUAAACGAGCUUUUCGUUAUGUGCACGAGAUACUUUUUUGUGAAAUAUUUGUCAAUGUAAAAAUUUAUAUUUAAUUUAAUUUUACACGAUUUGUAACUUUAAUUUUAUGUUAAUUUAAAAUAAAGAUAGCGUUAUAAUUGAAA